AUGGAUAACCAUGAAUCAUAUUUAAGUCUAGAAGCUCUCGAUUGCGCCAAAAAUGCGGGAGUGCAUAUUUUGACUCUUCAUCCUCACACACCUGCAAAGUUGCAGCCCCUAGACGUUAGUAUCUAUGGUCCAUUCAAAACAUAUUACAACGCUGCCAUUGACUCCUGGCUGUUGCGAAAUCCGGGUAAACCCGUUACAAUUUAUGAUUUAGGCGAAAUAAUCGGAUCUUCCUUUCAAAAGGCAAUGACGCCAAGAAAUAUAACAAACGCCUUUGCAAAGUGUGGUAUUUAUCCAUUCGACCGACACAUUUUCACAGAAGAAGACUUUCUUCCUAGUUCGGUAACUGAUCGUCCUUGUCCAGAAGAUCUACAGGGUAAAGGUAAUUCAACACCAGACUCUAUAAGUAUUCUCGAAGAGUGUGGUCUCGAAGCUAUUGUAGAAGCACCUGAAUCAAAUGUUAUUACGCAACCUGAUUUAAAUAUGUCACCUCCCAUUAAAAGUCCUGAAAAAGUCGCUUUAAACAUGGCUGAUGAUGCAAAAGAAAUAUCUGAACCAAUUUUUGAUCAGUCUGCUCACUUUUCUGGACAAUGCACAUCUCAGAAUAAAUCGGUCAAUUCUCCAGAUUCUUUUAAUAGAAACACACCACCAAAGUCAGCCAAAGAACCGUCUUUCAAAUCGCCUUUUGAUUUUCGAAAUCCUAUAAAAGCUGGUCCAAGAAAAACUAACAGGAAACGAAGGAAGCCUGGACGUAGUCUAAUACUUACCGACACGCCAGAGAAAACUUUGAUAGAGCAAGAAAAAAAUGCGGUUAAAAGAAAGACCGAGGCAAAGAAAAGUAAAAUUAUACGCACGAUAUUAGAUAGCGACGACGAAAAAGAAAGCCUUGAUAAAGUUCAAUUUGCAGAAUCCGAUGAUGACGAUGGAUGGCUUGAAUCACCAGAAGAGGAUCAAGAUGAUAAUGUGAAUAUUCUAACAGAAAAAGACCUAAAGAAUCCAUUACCUCAUCCACCCAAGGAAGGAGAAUAUGUUAUAAUUGAAUUGACAACUAAAAAGCAAAGGUCAUUAUAUAUUGGGAACGUAAUAAAAGAAAGAAACAAUGAGCUUGAAUACUACGCAUCAUUUUUGAAACGCAAGCCUGGUACUUAUAAGUUCCAUAUGCCUGCUAAACCUGAUCUUUCCCUUGUGAAGGAGAAUGAUUUAAAAUAUAUUCUUCCAAAGCCUACAUUAGUUGGUACGUCUUCUAGACCAUUCUACAAUUUCUCGAUUGAUUUUACUCGUCUUAUCAUUUAUUAG